AUGGCCAGUCAAGGCCCCCUAACCAGCUGGCUCCUCAACGCCACCCCAGAAGCCCUCAAACGCGCAACAACACACCCCUUCCUCGCCGCCGCAGGAAGCGGCACCCUCUCAAAAGAAGCCCUCUCCCAAUGGCUCUCCCAAGACCGGCUCUACGCCCAAUCCUACAUCCGCUUCAUCGGCAUGCUCCUCAUCAAAAUCCGUCUGCCCACACACACCCCCAACGCGGAGACCCUGCGGAACCCGACAAUCGAACAAGCCAUCAUCGACAUCCUCAUCGACGCCCUAGUCAACAUCAAGACCGAACUGGCAUUCUUCGAAUCAACAGCCGUCGAGUACGGCCUCGAUCUCACCGCCAUCUCACCCGACGAGGGCGGCGCGGCCUCCGCGGGGAUAUCGAGUGCCGGAUCUGCAUCUUGCCCGGGGUUCACGGGGGCAGUCUGCGGCACGACGGACGUCUCUGUUUCCGGCGCGGAAUCCGGCGAGAUCGAUGAGGACUCGGCGAAUCCGAGAGACAAGUUGCAUAAAUUGUGCAAAUCGCAGGGCGAAUGCCAGAUGCAAGCUGGUAGUGAAGUGUGUAAUCCGUCUACACCGCACACGGGCGCGAAUUCCGCCGUGAAAACGCCGGACUCCGAGCCCUGUCAGCCAUCGCGGUUGGCGAGUGCCGCGCCCGUCGAGAAUGGUCCCGUUUUCUUUACGGCGAACCCGAUUACCCGGGCUUAUAUCGAUAUGUUCAUGUCUGCGGGGAGUCCUGGUGUGAGUGCGUUGGAGGGGAUGGCUGUGCUGUGGGCGACGGAGGUGUGUUAUUUGCGGGCAUGGCGGUAUGCGGCUUCUUAUGGGAAGAAGAAGGCGCAGGAGGGAAAGAAGGAUGUUGAUGCGGAUGGGGGUGCGUUGAGGGAGAAGUUUAUUCCGAAUUGGUCGAGUGCGGAGUUUGAGAAGUUUGUUAAUCGGAUUGGGGAUGUUUUGGAUCAGAUGGCGGGCAAGAUGAAGGGGGUUGAGGAGUCGGAGGUGUCACGGGGGAGGUGUUUGGAGUGGUGGAAGCAGGUGGUAUGGUUGGAGGAGAGAUUUUGGCCUACAUUGGAUUGA